ACAUUUUAACGCCGCAAUGUUAUCAGAGUAACUAUAGUGCUUCAUAUUGUACUCGCGAUUUGAAAUAAUUAGGUGUUUACAGUGCUCGCACAUUAAAAUGUUCACUAAUUUAGAAAAAUUCGGUUUGGUGUGCAUUUCGGUCGUAGGGUUUCAAAUUUUCCGAUUUUUAUUCCGAACCCUUUACAAUAAUUUUUUGGCUGUGGCGUUGAAAAUAAACGCAGUCGAUGUCAAAGAGACAGGAAGUUGGGCAGUCGUUACCGGCGCUACUGAUGGAAUUGGCAAAGCCUAUGCCGAGCUUUUGGCCAAAAAGGGCCUUAACAUAGUCCUAAUCAGCCGGACGCGCGAAAAACUUGAAAAAGUCGCAAAUGAAAUUGCUUCAAAAUAUCACGUGGAGACCAAAAUAAUCGAAGCCGACUUCACCCAAACCGACCCGAUUUACACCCACAUUGAUAAGCAAUUGACUGGCUUAGAAAUCGGGGUUUUAAUAAACAACGUGGGUAUGAGCUACCCCCACCCCGAGUAUUUCUUAGAUUUGAAAAACAAAGACGAAGUUUACAAUAACAUAAUCAAUUGCAACAUUUAUUCGGUCACAAAUAUGUGCAAAAUCGUCUUACCUGGAAUGGUCGAGCGACGUCGGGGUGUUGUGGUUAAUUUAUCCUCCACUGCGGCCCAAAUCCCGAGCCCCCUCUUGACGGUUUACGCCGCGACGAAAGCCUACGUUGAAAAAUUCUCCCAGGACUUGAACUCCGAAUACUCCAAGUUUGGGAUUACCAUCCAGUGCAUUCUCCCGGGGUAUGUCGCCACAAAUAUGUCCAAAAUACGCAGCUCGACGUGGAUGGCCCCCUCGCCGCUGAAAUUCGUCAAAGAAGCCAUGAAAACAAUCGGGGUUUUGGAGCGCACGACUGGGUAUUACCCCCAUACGCUGCUCGUGGGGGUUAUCCAUACCCUGGAAGCGGUGUCACCGCGACUCUCCAGGUGGCUGGUGAUCAGAACUAUGGAGAACAUCCGAGCGCGUGCAUUGAAACGGAUUAACCACUAAUUGUUUGAUUAUUUAUUUAAUAAAGGGUUGUUACAAAUA